AAGCAUACGCGAUAUUUUGUAGUUCCAAAACAAGAGUUUCAGCAAUAUUACGCCUAAUAUAUGGUGCAAGACGUGUUAAUAUUUGUAAUUGAAAAAUACUCAAAAGUACGGGUAAUGAGAUGAGACCGUUUCAGAAUCCGGUUAACGGACUGAUACGAUAAAAUUGUUUAAUUUUUCCAAGUGCGUAUCGCGGUCAACCUGCCAUGAUUGCUCGGAACGCGUCUUCUCUGCGCUGUGAAAUAUCGGAAAAUAUACCUAAAAUGCGAGAACCCUGCUAUAAGGAGCGGCAUUUUACGUGAGAGCAAGACCCGCAGAAUGGUGGUGGAUUGUUUGUCAGGUCAGGGCUCAGCAGGUGUAGCGAGAAAGCACGAGCGAAGGUUGGGAGUAGGCGGAACUGUGGGGGCAAAAAUGCAGCCCAAUGGAGGAAGUGGUGGUGGUGGUAGCGGAGGUGGUAUGACACCCAAGGAGCUUUCUGACAACGACGAUCUUGCAACGUCUCUAGUGCUUGAUCCCUACUUAGGCUUCACAACGCACAAAAUGAAUAUAAGAUACAGACCUCUGAAAGCUAAUAAAGACGAACUGCGCAAGAUUAUCACAGAGUUCAUUCAAACUCAAAAUUAUGAGAAAGCCUACAAGAAAUUAAUGGGGGGUGAUUGGGGUGCAAGAUUACCCCAUACGAAAUCUAAACAGCAGCAGAUUAAUCUAGAAAAACAUAUUUACCGGUAUUUAAGAGUAUUCGACAAAAAUUCAGGGUUCGCAAUUGAGCCCUGUUACAGGUACUCACUCGAGGGACAGAAGGGUGCCAAAAUAUGUGCAACUCGUCGAUGGCCAAAACAUGAAAAGAUUUCAUGCCUCGUAGGGUGCAUAGCAGAACUUAGUGAAAAGGAAGAAGCAGCUUUAUUGCAUCCUGGAAAAAAUGAUUUCUCGGUAAUGUUCAGCUGUAGAAAGAAUUGUGCUCAGCUUUGGCUGGGCCCGGCCGCAUACAUUAAUCACGACUGUCGAGCAAAUUGUAAGUUCGUCGCAACUGGAAGAGACACUGCCUGCGUCAAAGUCUUGCGUGAUAUAGAAGUGGGAGAAGAAAUAACCUGUUUUUAUGGCGAGGAUUUUUUUGGUGACGGUAACUGUUACUGUGAAUGCGAAACGUGUGAGAGACGUGGGACAGGUGCAUUUGCCAGUCAAAAACCAGGCGAAGAGCUUUCAUCUGGUAAUUCAUGCAAAAGGUAUCGGUUAAGAGAAACUGAUAAUCGUAUAAAUCGUACAAAACAUCGACAACAGCCUCCGUCUGGAAACAAGCAGCAGCAGCAAACUGAAAAUUCUCUGGCAGAUAAAAAUGCCAUGCUGGUUGCGAAUUCUGCUGUAACACCCCUGUCUCUCAGUAUGAAAGAGUUGCGACGAAAAGGGUUGACCAAGUAUGACGCGGAGCUGUUGAUUGCCCAGGGAUGUCGGUUUUCGGACAUUGCGCAACAGCCAGUAAACGUGAACAACAAUGGUGAAAACCCACAGGUUCGACAACACUCUACCUCAAAUCUUGUCAGCACCCGAAAUCUCAGGAAUAAACAACAGUCGGUGACGAGACCGGAAAGCAACAACAACAAUAACAACAAAAACAGUCAAAGCCUCAGAGCUUCCAGGCUUCAAAAGAGGACAGAGACGAAAAGAACCCGGGCCAGUGAAGAUGACGGUUCCUCGAGGUCGAGCAGUUCCACAACAAACAGUCCAGACGAGCAUGAAAUGAGUAUGUGCAAGAAUGAAUCCGAUCCAACACAGAGUGAAAAUGUCGAAUUACUCUCAAGGCUGCAACCAGGUCAUUCGAACAACGCUUUAAGAGCAGACAUUUUCGAUGAAAAUUCCCACAAUAUGGGGAGACUUCAUCCCAAGAAUGGCGACGAAAAUUCAGGAGCAUCAAAUGUUUUGAACAAAAAUCUUCAAAACAGGCUGUCUACAUUACAUGCGUAUGAAAUGUCAAAAUCUGCUCUUUCAUCGAUGGAUAAUGUUGACAAAGACGAAUCUCGAGAAGUUGAAUCCUAUGGUAUUGAUAAUAAGAAAAUAUGUUUUGAUGGUCGGCAAAACUGUGGUAAUUCUCUUGUUCCUUGUCUCUCGAAUCUGGAUUCCCUUCAGAUAAAUCAGCAGAACGAUGGCGUGCCCAACAAAUGCCAUACAAAUUUUGAUUAUCAGAUUGAUGCUAACGGAUCGUCGAAGAAUAAUGAAUUUCAUAACUCAACUAGUGAAAAGCAUGAGUUUUCAGAAGAAGCUCGUGCGUCUAUUGAAAAUAAAGAUAAUUUUUGUAAGGAUAUGCAAAUGCAGAUUAACGAACAAGAAAACGAGGAGAGAGUUAAAAGGUUCAUUGGAAUGCAGGUGUCUGAGGAUGUCAGAGAUGGUUUAAUGGUGCAUGAAAAUACAAUGGAAAAUGCAAAGCACAGCUAUAAGAUUAACGAAGAUCAAUCCCACUCAAUGGGCUUUCAGACAGCUUCCAAUAAUCAGCAAAAUGGAAAUUCCAGUGAAACUAGCCGGUCCAGUUCCGUAUCACGAGAAAUAAGUGAAACAAACAGUGAAUCUGAUAGAAUAAAUCAGGUGAAGUAUCACCUGCAAGAAGAAGAAUUCAGUAUAAUAAAUACUGCCAAUGAAAAUUCCUUAGAAACUUAUGAAAAAUCGGAAGAUUCUGUCCAGGUAUCAUCGAUUGCUACUAAAAGUCAUACAAAUAGAAAUGACGAUCAUCAAGAUAGAGAAAAUCGUAAGAAUGACUCGUCAGUUUUAAGGCAAAAUGGAAUUGUUUCAGAAAAAAAAUCUCACACACUAAAUCUACGGCGUAAUCACGAAAGUCUGUAUGAUACACGAAAACAGAGGCAUGAUUCUCACGAUAUCUUUGCAAGGAAAGACAUCUCGGACGACAAUACGUAUGAUAAAGUGUUGACGACUGAAAAAAAUAAUCCAGAUCAAAAUUUCCCAAGAAAAGAAGAUACCGUGGACAAUUCACACAGCAUGAAUCUCAGGAAAUCUGAGGAUCGGCGAAAUAUAACAAUAAAAAGAUUAUCUCAGCAGCGAGCCAAAAGCACCGACAUCAGCUUGAGGUCUCGUAGGAAUCACAAACGGCUCACUGAACCUUCCUUGGAAUCUGGUGUCGAGGGUGACUCGCCUGAUAGUGGACAACAGACUGUUUCUACGACAAGAAACAAAAGUAAAGGAGUAAGAACUAACGGAAGAUUAACAAGGAGCCAGCGAAGGGGUCACCAACGAAAUGACGCAAUAGCAGUGGCAGCUGUAGCGGUUGCCGAUGAUGAUUCAGGCAUUCAGGGUGAUAUAUACGAGUUUAACGAAAAGGAAAGCAACUUGGAAGACAUUGAAGUAUCGGCGAUAAGACGAGGCAGACAUAACGACAGACAAUCGGUUAGUCCAGAAUCUCGGUUGCAGUUGCCACGAGGUGGCGAAGCCUUUAGCCACCUGCAGCCUCCUGCACUUAUACCUGAGGAACCUUGGCCUCGCAGUGCAAAUACGCAGCCUAAUUCCAACAGCUGGGAAGAAAAGAGCAGUCAUUUGCAGGAGAAUUCAAGGACUGCUGGAGGGGGUAAUGGAAGGCUGGUGACAGAGGAGAACAAAAGCACAAAAAAGUCGAUGUCGCUACCUGACUGUCAAUGGUCUUUGAGUAGCAAUCAAAACUGCCAAGUUUGUCCUGCGACUCCGGAAAGAACAGGAGGGAGGCUAAAGCUAACAUUACGAAUGAAGCGUUCUCCAGUAUUAGAUGAUGUUAUUGAGUCUGGUACAAGCCUUAGCGAAGACAGCUAUGAACCGGAAUACGAAGUUUUAAGAGUUGAGGGUGUGGAGGAGGGCAGGCGUCGAAAGAAACACAAAACAAGAGACCGGGAGAGGCGGCAUAAGAAACGAGAAAUAAAUUUAAACCCACCACCACCUCCCAUGAAAAGAUUACGUUUAAUUUUUGGCAACGAGAGCCAUACUAUUGAUCUACCACAUUCUUAACGGAUAGGUCUGGGCAUAUAAAAAUAGUUGUAAUAUUAUGGACAAUUAUUGACAUUAUUAUCAUUAUCAUUAUCAUUAUUCUUUAGUUACAAAAAGAAGAAACAUCUUUAAAUCAAAGAUUGUGUCUGACAAA